AUGACAAAGACAACCUCACAAAGCUGUAUCAUCUAUUUUGGUAAUAUAUACACACAAUGUAAAAUAAUCUAUCGACUAUAAAUAUAUUUAGCUUUUUUAUGGAUAUAAUCAUCCCUAUAAUCAUUCCAUACUGAGUCACUCCCAAUUAGGAGUUUUCUCCAUUUAUUGGAUUUCAUAUCUGUUUUUUUCAUUUCUCAGACAUGGCAUCCACCACUGUCAAGCAAAUUCCCUACAAAAAACUCAAACAGGAAAGCAACUAUUUUGAUGAAGAAGAAGAUAUCGAUUUAAUACACCUGAGAGAAAAAGUAAUUGGUAAUAUCAGGAAAAAACACUCUGCUUUCUGGAACAUCAGGUUCAGGAAAGUGCACUUAAGGAAGCGAUUGAAGAUUAGAGUACCAAGCUUGAAGAAAUUCUUGAGGAGAAAAGCAAGAUUCAUUGUUGCCACAUUAGCUAAAACUUUGAAGAGGUUGAAGGAAAGUCAGUCACAUUUUGAAGAUCUUUUUACUGGGAAUUACAUGUUUAUGCAGGUUACUCCAACUCCUUUGAAAAUUUGUGGCCAAAAUCCCAAAUCUAUGAAUCUGAAAACUGGAGCUGGAGCUGAUUACAUACAUAGUGGAUUCUCAUCAUUAGGUUCUGCUAGGUAUUGUAAUUAGUUAUUGACAUCAAUUAAUUAGCUUGCAUGCCUUGAAGUAUCUUUAAAUGGGCAGAUUAAGUAAAAGCUUCGAAUUCACCUGAUUUCUCCUACACAAAAAUAUGGAGUACUAUAUUAAUUUUACCCUUUGUUA